AUGCCCCGGGGCGUGGGCGCUGCCCAGCUCUGCCUGCUGGCGCUCGCCCUGCCGGGGUGGACCAGAAGAGGAAGUGGGGAAGGCAGCCCCCAGCCACAGCAUGAACUAAUAAUACCUCAGUGGAAGACUGCAGAAAGCACCUUGAGGGAAAAGCAUCCACUCAAAGCUGAGCUCAGGGUGAUGACUGAGGGGCGAGAACUGAUCCUGGACCUGGAGAAGAAUGAGCACCUUUUUGCUCCAGCCUACACAGAAACCCAAUAUACUCCAAGUGGCAACCCUCGAUCCACCACCCUGAAAUCCGAGGAUCACUGCUUUUACCACGGGACAGUGAGGAAGGCAGAACAGUCCAGUGUCACGCUCAGCACCUGCCGGGGAAUGAGAGGACUGAUUAUGGUGAGCAGUAACCUCAGCUACAUCAUCGAGCCCCUCCCUGACAGCGAGGGCCACCACCUUAUUUACAGAUCCGAACAUCUCAAGCUUCCCCCCGGGAGCUGUGGGUUCGAGCACUCCAAGUCCACCGCCAGGGACUGGGUCCUUCAGUUUACAAACCAGACCAAGAAGCGACCUCGCAGGAUGAAAAGGGAAGAUUUACACUCCAUGAAGUAUGUGGAGCUUUACCUUGUGGCUGAUUAUGCAGAGUUUCAGAAGAAUCGACGAGACCAGGAUGCCACCAAACACAAGCUCAUGGAGAUCGCCAAUUACGUUGAUAAGUUUUACAGAUCCUUGAAUAUCCGGAUUGCCCUCGUGGGCUUGGAAGUGUGGACUCAUGGGAAUAUGUGUGAAGUUUCGGAGAACCCGUACUCUACCCUGUGGUCAUUUCUUAGCUGGAGGCGCAAGCUGCUCGCCUGGAAGAACCAUGACAAUGCACAGUUAAUCACGGGCAUGUCUUUCCAUGGCACCACCAUCGGCCUGGCCCCCCUCAUGGCCAUGUGCUCUGUGUACCAGUCUGGAGGGGUCAACAUGGACCACUCUGAGAAUGCCAUUGGCGUGGCUGCCACCAUGGCCCACGAGAUGGGCCACAACUUCGGCAUGAGCCAUGAUUCUGCGGAUUGCUGCUCCGCCAGCGCGGCGGAUGGUGGGUGCAUCAUGGCAGCCGCCACCGGGCACCCCUUUCCCAGAGUGUUCAAUAGAUGCAACAGGAAGGAGCUGGACAGGUAUCUGCAGUCAGGCGGAGGGAUGUGUCUCUCCAACAUGCCGGACACCAGGACGCUGUAUGGAGGCCAGAGAUGUGGAAAUGGGUACCUGGAAGAUGGGGAAGAGUGUGACUGUGGAGAGGAGGAGGAAUGUGAUAACCCCUGCUGCAAUGCCUCUAAUUGCACCUUGAGAGAGGGGGCAGAGUGUGCCCAUGGCUCCUGCUGUCACCGGUGUAAGCUGCUGGCCCCUGGCACACUGUGCCGUGAGCAGGCGCGGCAGUGUGACCUCCCGGAGUUCUGCACGGGCAAGUCCCCCCAUUGCCCCACCAACUUCUACCAGAUGGACGGCACCGCCUGCGAGGGUGGCCAGGCCUACUGCUACAAUGGCAUGUGCCUUACCUACCAGGAGCAGUGCCAGCAGCUGUGGGGUCCUGGAGCCCGGCCCGCUCCAGAUCUCUGCUUCGAGAAGGUGAAUGUGGCAGGGGACACCUUUGGAAACUGUGGGAAGGACAUGAAUGGGAAACACAAGAAGUGCAACAUGAGAGAUGCCAAGUGUGGGAAGAUCCAGUGUCAGAGUUCUGAGGCCCGGCCCCUGGAGUCCAAUGCAGUGCCCAUCGACACCACCAUCAUCAUGAACGGGAGGCAGAUCCGAUGUCGGGGCACCCACGUCUACCGAGGUCCCGAGGAGGAGGGUGACAUGCUGGACCCAGGCCUGGUGAUGACCGGGACCAAAUGUGGCCAUAACCACAUUUGCUUCGAGGGGCAGUGCAGGAACACCUCGUUCUUCGAAACAGAAGGCUGUGGGAAGAAGUGCCACGGCCACGGGGUUUGCAACAACAAUCAGAACUGCCAUUGCUUCCCGGGCUGGGCCCCGCCCUUCUGCAACACACCGGGCCAAGGGGGCAGCAUCGACAGCGGGCCCAUGCCCCCCGAGAGUGCUGGUCCUGUAGUAGCCGGCGUGUUUUCGGCCAUCUUUGCGCUGGCGGUCCUCAUGCUGAUGUACCACUGCUGUAAACAGAACAACAAACUGGGCUACCUCAAGCCCCUAGCCCUCCCUUCCAAGUUGAGGCAACAGUUCAGUUGUCCCUUCAGGGUGUCUCAGAACAAUGGAACUGGCCACGCCAACCCAACAUUCAAGUUGCAGACACCCCAGGGCAAGCGAAAGGUGACCAACAGCCCUGAAACCCUACGGAAGCCCUCCCAGCCUCCUCCCAGGCCCCCUGCGGACUAUCUGCAUGGUGGGUCCCCACCUGCGCCAUUGCCAGCGCACCUCAGCAGGAUUGCUAGGAACUCCCCAGGGGCUGGACCCCCAGUAGAGAGGAAAGAAUCAUCCAGGAGGCCUCCCCCAAGCCGGCCAGUGCCCCCCGCACCAAAGUGCAUCCUCUCUCAGGAUUUCUCCAGGCCUCGGCCACCCCAGAAGGCGCUCCCGGCUAACCCGGUGCCAGGCCGCAAGAGUCUCCCCAGGCCAGGUGGCGUCUCCAUUCUGUGGCCCCCUGCCUCUAGACCUCAGCAGACCCGGCCCCUGGCAGCGCUUGCCCCAAAGUUUCCUGAAUGCAGUCAGAGGGCUGUGGGGAUGGCUAGCUCGAAAAUCUAG